AUGCCCCCGCCGUCCGUGGGGCUUCUUGUAAUGUUUGAUGUCAGGGUAGUUGCCAACCCACCUGGGAUGUCAUGGGUGGAAGACAAGUCACGAGACCUUGAAUCGCUGAGGAAACGUCUGAAAGAGUGCGGGCACGACGCGGAAUCCCUCACCAUCGUUGGCCGAAAACUGCACGAAAUAGCAGAGCAGGCGCACCGUAAAGGAGAAUGGGGCACGCUGGGCGUCGAGAGCGGAAGCGGUAGGGAUGAGGAGCAGGCCUUCCAGCUCUUCACGCAUGCGGGCGAGCUACUCAUGCGGACAGUGAUUAGUAUUCUUGAGUCUUUCACGCAGCACGAAAUUCAUGCGGCUACUAGAGUAAGAAUAGAAAAGGAAGAGGUGGAUAUCAUUGAAACUCUGAUGCGAGCAGCGAACACCGACAAGACGUGCAGUGCGCUGAGCACUCUACACUGUCGGUGGCGCCGCGUCUACGCCGCUUCCCGCGCGUGGCGUUGGUGCGAGGCUCACGUAACGCUUACUUCAGAUUACAAACCUGAUUUGUGCAGUGGCGGCCUCUACGACAUGCUGCCUAUGACAGAGUGGUGGUGGAUGCCCGAAACCGUGAGCGCUAUGACCCCACCAAAGGCGGAGGCUACAUCGUCCAUGUGCUCUGACAAUGAUGAUGGAUGGUUGCUUUUUGAAGACCUUUUCUUGUCCACCACAGCACCACAAAGUUCAGAGUGCAAACGCCAGUUGCACGACGCGGAAACAGUCACUGCUUUUUUGAAUGAACUUAAUUCCACCGUCGACCUCUUUUCUCGCCGCAUUCCGGCAGGGUACGAUGAGCUGCGAAGGCUUUAUAUUGGCAAGGCUGACAUCCAACUGCAACAGGCCCGACUGUUUUCGCACUUGUCUUUUGUGAAGGGAGUACCGGGGAGCUACCAGAACGCAACUGAUGGCAAAACUGUGGUGAGCGGGGGUGUGAAUGGUUGCCACAAGCUUUUGUGGAUAAGCCGCGAGGGUCUCUCAACCUCCAUGCGCUGCCUUAUCGAUGCCCUUACGGCUGCGCAAAUAGCGGUUGCACAAUUCAACGCGCCGUGUGACGAUUUGAUUCGCCGAAUUCGUUUGGCAAUGUUUGGUGUGGGGCUAUCGUCGGAUGGGGAAGGUGAUACCCCGCACAGUGCUUGUACACCCUUGCUGCAUCCGUCUGUUGAACCGAGCAGCAACAGGUGGCGCAUCAAACACGGUGUUGGGCUUAUUGCUACAAACCAUAUCAUGGAGGGCGCAGUAGUUGUGAAGGACAGGUCGCUGCUGCUUGUUGGCCAAGUGUCACCACAAAAGCGGAAGCAGGAGCGGGUCACUGACAUUGUGGAGGCCCCGGACGGUGAAAAUGCUGCCGUGGUGAACGGGGCCUUAGAACUGUUUCUUCGCGGGGGCUUCGUCCAUAAGGAUGAGUUAGCAACCUCCUCCAUUGUCAAAGCUUUGCGAGUUGGGAAGCUCCUCGGUGACCCUGUUGAGGCACCUGAUAUGCAUUCGGCGUUACACUUACUUGCAAUGAUGCCUUUCUCGGGUGAAAGUGGGAUGCACCCAACUCAAGGCGCGGGAAGGGAAAAUGUGGACUAUGAGGCAGCCAUUGCACGUGAUCUAGCCGACCUCAUGUGCUGCUGGCGACGGUGUUCUGUUCCGCUUGAAGCACCACAAGAUUUCAGAGCCACUCCGAAGGCCGAAGUGCUUACCCCAUGCCGCGCCCUCCUUCCGUUGGUUUCGUUGAUCAACCACAGCUGUAAGCCUAAUGCCAUAAUUUUGCCCCUGUGCAGCGAAGAAUCACAAGGCAGCAGCUCCUUCGGAGAGGGGAAGGGUGAUGUCUGUGUUAUUGCCCUCCGCGACAUUGAGCCCGGUGAGGAAAUUACUGUAUCGUAUCUUUCCUCAGUACUAAUUCCGAAAACUCUAAAGGACGAGCAAAACGGUUUCUGUUGCUGCUGCUCUUUCUGCAAGUCAAGCACCGCGCUUUUGGAGGGUGUUAUAUGUCCUGAGUGCAGGCAGCUAAUAUAUGACCCCGAGGAUGCACAAAAAAAUUGUGAUAAGUAUCAAGGUAGUGCGGGUCGGCAACCCACAAGGGGGGUUCACACGUAUCCUUGCGUAUUGGUGGACCUUUCGCUUCCCAAGGGUCAGCGGUCCUACGAGCAUGCUAGCGACUGUUCACGAGCAGAUUCAGACACUUACGAGUCGCUCUCGAGACGUAUCCUGCAAGGAUAUGCAAACGCAGUGGACAAAGCAUGUGAAGAAUUUGAAAGUACUAGCACGUUUGGGGGCGUUGGCGCGAGUGCUUGCGAGGUUGAGGUUGAAGCCGGUACAGUUGGAUCGAGUGAGGAGGUACAGGGGAUUGAGGUUGACGGGAUGGAGGAAGGGAGUGAUGACGAUGAUAAUGGCGCAGGAGAAGAUCGACUAGCGCAAACGGCUUUGCGACGCCUGAUGGACUUAGACUCGUUUGCCUGUGCGCUACCCACAACACAUUAUAUCCGCCUGCAGACAAGGCUGGAGUGUUUGGCGCUAUCUCUUCGCUCCCAGUUGACAACCCACGACAGUCAUAUGCUUCUGCUGCUUUGCGAGGAACUGCUUGAAGACUUGCGACAGAUUCUACCACCAAACCAUCCACUGCUAACGGGGGUUCGGCUCCAGUAUGCCCUUGCGCGGAGUCGUCAUUUCGCUGAAAGCGCUGAUAGCAGUCACACCACUGAAAAACAUGAUCAUGGCUGCUGUGGUGGUGUGCGUGAGUGUGCAGCCACGCUGUCUUUGCCGUUUUUGAGAGACGGCAUGAUUCGUGAAUGCAUUGUACACUCCUUCCAGGAGUUUUACACAACCGUUGGUUGGAAGCACGAAGGGUGCACUCAAAGAGAACUUCUCAGUAGCUUCCUUGAGGAGUACGCCGUGGAGUUACUCAUGUGUGGAAUAGAGAGCAUAGACCAUAUGACUUUACUGUCGCUCGUGUACGAUGCGUCGCAAGAAGCCAGUGUGGGGCUGUAG